UAAGUGCACUUGCCCCAUCAUUAUAAGGUGAAUCCGACUCGUUAUCUAUAACCGCUUGAUUUCCAACCCGACUCGACCCGAAUCAACGGCCAUACAUCGGCUAAAACCCUAAACCCUGCUCCAACUCUACACUUUGGGGAAAAAAGCAAUAUAAUCCUCAGCUCUUUUCUGAUUUGGGUUUCUGAAAAUACAAUUAGGUUAAAAAGAGAAUGGAGCAAAGAUUAGCAAAUACAUGGCGAAUGACAGUGAAUGAGAAAAAGUUCAUAGAAUCUGCAUUGGAAUCUGAACUGAGAAUAGACGGUCGCCGUCCCUUUGAUUAUCGGAGGCUUACAAUCAAGUUCGGUAGAGAAGAUGGUUCGUCGGAAGUUCAGCUGGGGCAAACUCAUGUUAUGGGCUUUGUUACGUCGCAACUAGUGCAACCUUAUCGAGAUCGACCAAACGAAGGAACCCUUUCAGUAUUUACUGAAUUUUCCCCAAUGGCUGAUCCUUCAUUUGAGGCAGGUCGUCCUUCAGAGUAUGCUGUUGAGCUGGGUCGCAUAAUUGACAGAGGGUUAAGGGAAAGCAGAGCUGUGGACACUGAAUCACUCUGUGUUGUGGCUGGGAAGUGGGUUUGGUCAAUUCGUAUUGAUCUCCAUAUUUUGGACAAUGGAGGUAAUCUUGUUGAUGCUGCCAAUGUUGCUGCUUUAGCUGCUCUUUUGACAUUUCGGAGGCCUGAAUGUACACUAGGAGGAGAUGACAGGCAGGAAGUGAUACUGCAUCCGCCCGAGGUGAGGGAGCCACUUCCUUUGAUUAUACACCAUUUACCUAUAGCAGUAACUUUUGCAUUUAUUGGAGACGAGAAUUUGGUUAUAGAUCCAACACAUCAUGAAGAAGCUGUUAUGGGAGGAAGAAUGUCCGUCACCCUGAACACAAAUGGCGAAGUCUGUGCAUUUCAAAAGCCUGGAGGACAGGGUACCAUGCAAAGUGUUGUCAUGCAGUGUCUACGCAUAGCCUCAGUGAAGGCCGGGGAUAUAACUAGCAAAAUUAAAACCGCUGUUGAAUCUUACAACACAGAGAGAGCUCUCAAAAUGGUCAAGCGACAUGCAAAUAUUAAUGCAGUUGAUGUCAAUGAACCAGGUCAAAAGGCUAAGCAAAUCUUGGAGGGGAAAAAAAUAAAAUCAGAAGAGUGCAGUGUUAGUCAGAGCGAUGACAUGGAUGUCGAGCAAGGUAGAAUCAAGAAGAGGAGUGAUAAGAACCAGAGUUUCACAGGCGGGCCCUCCAGUUGGGAUCCAUAUUCAGAAGGUGUUAACACAGAUGAAUUGAAAGCUAAUCUUGCUUCUCGUGGUUCAGCAGCAGUACCUAUGAAGCUAGACAAUUUAGGUGAUGAUAUUACAGAAGAAAGAAAAUCAGAUGAACCACUUUCAGAUGUUAGUCCAGUAUCAUCAUUGACUGAGUCGGCUGGAAAAGAAAUGGCAACAAGCAGAGAGAAGACUUUACAAGAUGCUGUUAAGCCUAAAAACAGACGGCGAAAGAAGAAAUUGUCUAAUUCUGCAGUUUAGAGAAUGCAUGUAUCUGUCUUUUUAAGAUUGAAAUUUUCUGCCUGGCAUUAGUAAAUUCUGUGUCUAAUUGCAAAGUUGGAGCAGCACAUGGAAGUUCUUGAUAGUAGCAGCUAAAACUUUGUCCUCAAAUUGAAGAUCCUGAGUUGAAGGCAUUCCCAUCGAUGUUCGAUGUGAAUGGAGGAUUAAAGAAUGCUGGAUUUUGUAAAGUAUCCUAGCUUGAGUUCCAAUUACUUGAUUGUAUCCAGAGCUUGUGGCAUCCCCGCUUUGGAUCUUGAUUUGAACCUCGUUCUUGGAUAUGAACUACGUCGCGAAGGAAGACUUAGAAUGCUUUGUUCUUUAGAGUUUUCUCUAGCUUCUCUUUAGCUUUUUAUAUGUUCUUUGACCAUGUAGAAGAUUUCUAUUUAUAGUUGUAGAGCAAAGACAAUCAUUCUUCUGGAUUUGAGGCUCUCUUGAGUCACUCAGGUAACUAAACUAUUUAUGCAGCAAUUGUAUUUGAUUGACCUAAGCAUGUCAUUUCAACCCUCGGAAGGUACUGAUAUAUACUUAUAGUAUGUUUGGCCCAA